UCUCUUACUGCAUUGAGAAAUAUGUCUUUGACUUCUUGAACGUUAGUGGAAUUUGUUCACAAACAGAUUGAUUUUUGAGUCAAAUUACCGAGAAGAGGAAAAGAAACUAAAUAUCUUAACCUACCAAGUUGAUGUUAGUCAUAAUUGCUUCGUUCUCGUGACUUUGUGUGGAAAUCAAAAUGGGUUGCCACGUGUAAAGGUACGUUAUUAAUGGCGAUUCAGCUGAUGACGUUCACGUGAAGAAACAAGAAAACACCAAUUCCUUGGUACCAAUUUAAAAGAAGAUAUGCCUCCCAAGUUUAGUCGAGUUAACGGGGACGACAGAUCCACCGCCAGAGCUUCUGAAAGGGUCAGUUUACUUGAUGACUCAGAUGAUGAAGAUGGAUCCAACAUAUUUGCAGCACCUGAUGGUUUUCAUCACAUAAAACCGCAACCAACGGUGAAGGAUGGGAUAGCAAAGGUGAAAUCAGAAAUUAAGGGUGUUAUGGGAAUAAUGCAAGACAAUAUAUCAAAAGUACUGGACAGAGGUUCAAAGUUAGAAGACCUGCAAGAUAAAUCAGAGGGACUGGAGAUGAGUGCAUCACAUUUUAGAUCAGGGUCCAGAAGACUACAGAGAAAGUUAUGGUGGCAAAAUUUUAGACUCAAGUUAAUCUUUGCAUUUAUCUUCAUUGUAAUUCUCAUUAUCAUAAUAGUUCCGAUUGUUGUGAAGAGUAAAAAGAAGUCAGAAGACAACUCCAGAUGAAGGUCGUUUUUUCAAAAAUAUAGUGAAUUAUAAAUGAAAUUUAUUUCAGCCUAGGAUUAUGAUCAAAUGUUAGAGUACUGCUGAAUGAAAUCUAUUAGGAAAUUACAGCAAGAGGAAACAAUGAGAAAAAUGUUUAACGUGUAGGUGUCUUUACGUGCCUUUACGGACUUGUAUAUAAAAAUAGCUUAACCUAAUAGAACACGAAUUGAAAAUCUCACAGUUUUAGCCUUGACAUUUUUUCUUUUCUUUUUUGUUAAAUAUCUGUGUACUCGUAUAAUGAUUUCUAUUUGAUAGAUGUUCCAAAAUUGUCUCUACCAUUUAAAUUCAGUUUUCUCUGCGGGACCAAAAAUAGUUGUACUUCACUAAGAUACAUAUAUUUUCGGGUGGGAGUUUAAUUCACAAUCUGUGAAAGAUGAGGAAUUCUUUUUUUCAAUAUAGUAUUUUUUUGAAACGCAGAGAAGGUUUGUGAACAGUUCUUCUGGAGUGUGAAUUAUGUCUGAAUAUUCACCAAGAUAAACUCAUUGUGACUAAAUUCCAAGCGACCUGAUAUUUGCUAUGCACCGACAGAACAUUUCGUGAAAUAGAAAACCUAAUUUAGCAGUAGAACACAUUAUUCCGGGCUCUGCAACGUAAUAACGUAACAGAUAAGCUUGAAAGUCACUCGCCUUAGACUUGUGAUUUACAAGCUUUUCUCUUGUUCUCCCAACAGUCCAUGUAGCUUCAAAAAGUUGUAGAUCCCAGUAAAUUGUUAUGUGUUGCUCACUUAGGCAUGCACAAUUAAACUGGUACUGAUCUAACCAAGCGCUUUGGCAAUAAAGUUCCUCUUCUCAAAAACUA